AUGGCCGUCGCAGAGACAGGUGUCUCGGGGCCGGCUUCAAACGCGCCACGUCCUACUGGUCGCCGCGCAUUUGGGGGCCAUCUCACGUCGGCCACGGAUGAUGGUAAUGAACCUGCCAACACGGGCCCCUCUGCGCCGAUUGGUCUCAGCGCAGAGGCCGCCGAGUUUGUGCCUGGACAGCCAGUGGUGUACCAAAGCAAGGUGGCAAAACUUUCCCCAUCACGCCCGAAACAGACUCGGCCAAAGUUGCCAAAGUCCACGGCAACCGACUUGGCUACGCGCAUUCACGAAGACAUAAGCAAUUCCAACUAUGAAUGCGCAGUUUGCACAGACGAGGUCCUCCGUACCUCCCAUAUCUGGUCCUGCAGCCUCUGCUGGACGGUUGUCCAUAUGAAGUGCGCCAAGAAAUGGCAUAGCAACCAGAUGAAGAAGGAGGAGCCUCGAUCUGCGCAACCGCAAAACGAGAACUCUUGGCGCUGCCCGGCUUGCAACUCCAAGCUGUCGGAUGAUCCAGGCACCUAUCAUUGUUGGUGCGGCAAGGAAAUCAGCCCAAAGCCCGCCAGCCAGUCGCUACCGCCCCAUUCCUGUGGCCAAACAUGCUCGAAACCGCGGCCAACAUGCCCUCAUCCUUGUCCGCUUCAAUGUCAUUCUGGUCCGUGUCCGCCCUGCAGCCUUGUGGGCCCAGAGCAAUCGUGCUUCUGCGGCAAGAACUCGUCGAGAAAACUUUGCAGAGAAACAGACUACGAAAAUGGCUGGAGCUGCCAAGACAUUUGUGGCGAUUUGCUGCCUUGUGGUGAGCAUACUUGCGAAAAGCCUUGUCAUAGUGGGCUUUGUGGCGAAUGUCCAGUGCAAGUAGAUGCCACGUGCUUCUGCGGCCGCGUUGCAAAGCAAAUUCCUUGUUUCGAACGAGAUGAUCCCCAAGACUCAUAUUCAGUUUCGAAGGAGGAAUGGUUUGAAGGCAGCUUUAAUUGUCAAGCCACCUGUCAACGAAAGUACGACUGCGGACAGCACGAAUGUUCCCAGGUCUGCCAUGCCCAGGAUGAAAGCCCAGCUCACUGUCCCUUUGCCCCAGAUGUUGUCACUCGUUGUCCUUGCGGAAAGGCUUCUCUAAAAGAGCUUCCUGGAUACCCGAGAAACAGCUGCGAGGAUGUUAUUCCGCACUGUGAUAAGCCGUGUGAAAAGAAGCUUUCUUGCGGUCAUCUCUGCAAGUCAACAUGUCACGCCGGCGACUGUAGCAGUUGCGUAGUGGAGGUUGAUAUCAGCUGCCGUUGCGGCAGAACCAGCGAGUCGAGAAUCUGCCAUGAGCGCGACGAAAAUCGACCGACAUGUGCUAGAACAUGCGGCGCCAACAUGAGCUGUGGCCGUCACAAGUGUUUGGAAAUCUGCUGUACAGGGGAGAAGAAGGGCACUGAACGACAGGCAGCGCGACGACGCAACAGAAAUGCGGCUCCAGCAACAGCUGUGGAAGCUGAACAUAUAUGCAUCAGGACUUGUGGCCGCGCUCUCAAGUGCGGUAGCCACAAUUGUCAGCAAAUAUGCCAUCGAGGUGCUUGUGCGAGCUGCCCUGAAGCCAUCUUCACAGAAAUUAGCUGCGAUUGCGGCCGCACAAUCUUACAACCGCCACAGCCCUGCGGCACAGUUGCACCGGAGUGUCGCUAUAAUUGCUUACGUCGCCCAGAGUGUGGACAUCCGCCAGUUGAGCACCAUUGCCACCCUGAAGAAGCCGGAUGCCCCAAGUGCCCCUUUCUUGUUGAAAAAUGGUGCUCUUGCGGAAAGGAAAAGCUACAUAGCCAGCCUUGCCACCUCCAAGAAGCAAGAUGCGGCAAGCCUUGCGGAAAGAAGUUGAAGUGCGGUCUACACUUUUGUAAAAAGCUGUGCCAUCGAACGGGAGACUGCGAGGAUAUUGCGCUGGAAGACGGCCGAUGCGGUCAAGUAUGCGGCAAGAUAAAGAUGUUCUGUGAGCACCGUUGCCAGAAUGGUUGCCAUGGCCAGAACCCAUGCAAUGAAACGGCAGCAUGUUCUGGUAAGACAGAAAUUGCAUGCCCUUGCGGCAUCCGCAAGCAGGAGGUCCGAUGCCUUGCCAGCAGCACCAAUCCUGAACCCGCGCGACCUGAGCUCAAAUGUGACGAUGAGUGCUUGCGACAGGAGCGCAAUAGACGCCUUGCUGCGGCGCUCAACAUCGACCCAGCGACGCACACCAACGACCAUGUACCAUACUCUGACGAGACCCUCGCCCUGUUCAAGGAGACGCCGACAUGGUGCGAGACGCAGGAGCGUGAAUUCCGCGUCUUCUCGCAAAGCCCGAGUGAAAUCAGAAUCCGCUACAAACCCAUGCCCAGCAACCAGCGACGGUUCCUGCAUGUCCUGGCCGAAGACUACGGUCUGGAAAGCCGCAGUGAGGACAGCGAGCCAUUUCGCUACGUGCUGGUGCAUAAAGGCCCCCGGUUUGUGUCUGCGCCCAGCAAGACCAUUGCGCAGUGCGUCAAGAUCCGCACCACGCAGGAAGCUGCCGCCGCCGCUGCUGUGAAGCCGCCGCUGGCGCUCAGCGAGACGGAGCCCCUCAACGCCUUUCUCCUCGCGUCGCCGCGCUUCGGCCUGACGACGGACGAGGUGGGCGUCGCGUUGGCGGCCGACCUCGCCGAGCAGCCCUCUUUGCACUUUCAGAUUGAGUAUAGGCCGUGCGACGAGGUGCUCCUGCGUGCCACGGUGCGGUACUCGUCGUUUCUGUCGGCCGCCGGCAUCGAGACGGCCCUGCGCGCGCUCAAGAAGAGCGUCGCCGACCGCGUCCGCAAACACGACAUGGCCGGCCACGUCUUCCUGUGCCACGUCGACGCGGCCGAUUGCAUCACCCGCCGCGAGGAUCUUGGGCGCCAGGACGGCGUCGGCGGCUGGAGCGCCGUCGCGGGGCGCGCGGCGGCCAAGAAGGAAACGGCCACGACGGCGCCGGACGUGGCGGCGGCCAAGGGCUCGGGACGGCGUCUGCUGGGCCUGCGCAAGAAGAGAGUCGAUCAGGGUCCUGAGCGGCCGUGGGCAUCGCAGCUCGACGGCGACGUGGAGUGCUAG